CAGGCAUGUCUCCCGCGUCUCGCCUCGAAUUUCAUAUUUCGCUCAAAGUUCCCCCCCGACCCUCAGCGUGCCCUUCCUCUUCGCAGGAAGCGGGGCGUUAGAGAAGGAGAAUAAACAAGGCUCCGGACGUGAGGCGAAGAUGGAGGAAGGCGCCCAGGCCCCAGACUGGGACAGUGAUGAAACUGUGAUAGACGGGUCGGUGACGGAGAGCGACCUGGAUGACGAGGAGCUGCCCUGGAGAAGGUUGCUCUUUGAUCAAGACACAUCUCUUAGAUCUGAAUUCAGUCUCCAUCCUGGUAUAAGUGGAAUGUACAAAGGCACACCUUCUCCUGAGAUUCAACUUGUGUUCAAAUUCAGAGAGGAUCCACAAGAGCAAAAGAGUAAAAAUAAGAUAAUGCCUCUUAGUGAGAAUGCAGUCUUACAGCAACCUCAAGAUGAAAUGGAACAAAAUGAAGCUCUGUUCCAGAAUAAAAAAAGUUUUCCAAUGAUCACUAGGUCAUUUUCCCAGGCUGAACUUUCAGUGAACCACCAAAGCAUUCAAGGGCCUGAGGCUGAAAAUCCUGAAAUUUUGCCAAACCCAGAUAAGGAACUAAGCACAGACAGAGACUCUCCUGAAAUUAGCUUUCUCUCAGGUACUACUACUAAAGUAUCUGAUGUGGUGGUUGUAAAGGAGAAACCAUUACUAGAGCCAGAGAAGAUCUUAGCAGUACCAAACAACUUUUCUGAGUCUGGAAAGGAAGCCACAUUGACCAUGAAUUCUGAAGAAACCAAGGAUGAAGAAAGUUCUCUUAAAACUUUUGUGUCUGCCUUAGAAAGGUUACUCACAUCACCAGAAAUCACUCAGGAGGAAAGACUGUUGGAAAUAAUGAGUGAUUUUGAACCUAAAGAGUUGGCCAACCCAUUGAGCAAUUCUCCAAGUUCCAUAUCAGUAUCUUUGACAUGUCACAAAGAUUUACUAGAAAACACAAAGGAUGAUGCAUUGCCAACUGAGUUGUUAGCAGUCCUAAACACAUUAUCAGAGGGCAACGUGGGACCCGUUUGUCAUGGAGAGGAGGGAGGCAGCAGUCUCAGGGCUGGAAAUGAAUAUUCUGGAGUGGAGCCCAAGAAGUCUCAGACCACUGAAGAUUGUACACAAAUAGCAGAGACUCUAGAAGAUCCAAAUCUAUCUGGGCUGCAAACUUUGGUUCAUCAAAGUGUCACCUCUUGUGAUCCACUAAAUAAUAAGGGUAAUUCAAAUUCGGUGGAAAAUAAGUCUGACGAGGACCCUCCAUGUGUGUUAAGGAGAUCGUCCAGACUGAGAGCAGGCAGAAAUGAAAAGCACACAGAUGACAAGUAUAAGAUGCCAAAAAAGAUUUUACCAAAGAUACUUGUCAGUGAGAAUCAAACAAAUAAUAACUCUUCAACUAAGAAUUUCAGAAUGCAGGAUCCUGCUUUAAUGAUUAAAGGUAAAGGGAAGAAUAUGCAUUCAGCCAGACUCAAAAGUGGAGAACAGAUGCAGAGAAACAAAAAAUUUGCUGGAAAAAAUGAAAAAAUGAAGAGGAAUAAAGUAUCUCUGUCUAGCAUUAACCGUAGAAACAUUUUUGGAGAGAACUUACUGUAUCAGGCUGCUCUGCAUAAUGACAUUGAUCUUGUUCAUCAUUAUAUAAUGAAAGGGGGAAAUGUUAAUCAGCCAAGUUAUGCUGGUUGGACAGCACUUCAUGAAGCUAGUGUAGGAGGAUUUUAUCAGACAGCAAGUGAACUAUUAAAAGGUGGAGCAGAUGUAAAUAUCACAGGAAUGUACCAGAUCACUCCCCUACAUGAUGCUGUGAUAAAUGGACAUUACAAGGUGGCAGAGUUACUUCUUUUGAAUGGAGCCGAUCCGUUACUUAGAAGUGACGGUGGAAAGUGUCCUUUGGAUGAGGCCAAAGAUUCAUGUAUGAAGCGUCUCCUUGAGAAAUAUAUUCCUAAACACCAAAAACCAGCUCAAAAGAACAGCACCGACCCAUUAGACAUAGAGGAUGCACACCAGCACAAGAAACCAAAAUUCAGUUCUAAAAAUCUCAUUGGGUUCGUUUGUAAUGAAAAUUCCAACAGACAGAAGUCAGAACUUGAAAAAGUUGAUAAAGGAAGUAAAGGAGGAUUAUUUAUAAAUAAAGAAGAUGUAUAUGAACCUUACCAAAAAGAUUCCAAAGACACAAAAUUUGGUAAAUCCAAGCAUAAACAAUCAACUCUUAACCAAAUACACUCUACUAGGGGACUCAGAAAGAAGAGUCUUCAGAAUGUCAAAGGUCCUAACACAAAUGUGUCUAAUGAUAAAGGAAGAAGAAACACACAACAUAAAAGAACUCAAGUGGAUGAUGCAAAACAAGAAAUACACAUUCCAAGAAAGAUAAUAGCUCUUUCUUCUUUCAGAAGAAGAAACAGAUUGGUUAAUGGUCAGCAAGAUAAUCUCCAAGCCUUUGAUGACCUUCCAGAAAAGUCACAUAAACUUUUUAGCCCACCUCUGUCAAGCCUGAAAAAUGGAUUAGGUAACAAUAUUGAGGCUUGUUCAAUUCCCAGAGAGACACAUACCCAGAGCCUAGAUUUAUCAGAUAAUCAAGAAAUAAAAUUCUUAGAAUCCACUGACCAAGAGGAAGCUGUUCUUUUCUCAGGACUUUCCUUACAGAAAGAAAUCAAGUUACCACUUGUUACUACAGAUCAGCAGUCUCAUACUCACCAAGAACAGCAGCACAUUAGCCCUUAUAAAUCUCCUGAAAACAGUAACUCAGGUCAAAAAGGUGAGAGCCUUAAUAAGUGGGAACAUUCUUUUGCAUCCUUUAUAAAGGAAAAUUUUAAUAAUGUUGAUGAUGAUGAUUGCUUUACCUCUGAGAAGACUAUAGCAUGUAAAAGACCGGUAUGUUUUACAGGUUGCAAAAACCACUGUAGUUAUAACGAGAAUAUAACAAAUACAGAAGAAAUGGAUUUUCAUCAGUUUUUCCCUUCUGAAAACCAUUUUUCACAGGAAAAUGAAUUAAAAGCAUACAGUCUAAUCAUACUUCCACAACAGGAAGCUGUUAAUCUUUCUGAUUCAGAUAAUACAAUAGGUCCUGAACAACAUAUUGCCAAUUAUGAACAAUGCGCAUGUGAAACUUCUUUUGAUCACUCACAUGGCAAUCCUGAGCAUACUUCCCUAGCUUGUCCAAGAACAUUUUCAACACAGGAAGCUUCAAAGUUGACUAGUCAUGUGAAGCUAUUCAAAAGGUCUCAAGAUUUUAGCUCCAGAGCACCGACUCCUUUAAUGGAUCAAACAGAUACACAUAUUGUGGAAAAGGUAAAUGAGGGAGAAGACACUAAAAGGAAUUACAAUGAUGAAAGCCAGAAAACAAGUUCUUCAAAUGGGCCUUCAUCCACAGUUGUUAAUUCUCAAGUAAUAGAAACAACUACAGUUAAAAAAAGGAAACAAGAUCUUCCAGAGAGCAAAACCAUACAUGAUACAUUUUUUUAUUCCACUGACAAUACCAGUAAAGAAUUGGCCAACAUCUCACAACUUAGACAGAAAGAAGAAAAGGAAAUUUCUCAUAAACCAGAUGAGGAAUUAACUAAUAAUAUCAAUGGAGAUGAAAGCACUAUGAGAAAUGGUGAGAAAAAAGAAAAAACAAAUUCUGAAAUUUGCAUGUCUAAUAUCCAAGAACACAAAAAAGUUCAGAAUUUCAGAAAAAGGCAAAAUUUAUUGAAAGCUACCUGCAGCCAAGCAUUUGACAGAAAAGAAGCCUCAGUUUUACUUGGCAAAUUUACAGAAGUAAAAACAGCUGGGAUCAAUAAGAGGAAUGCCAGAGGGGAAAGCCAGCUUCAUUUGGCUGCCAGAAGAGGAAAUUUGACUCUGGUGAAGGCUCUAAUAGAAUCUGGAGCAGAUGUGAAUCUAAAAGAUAAUGCAGGUUGGACACCACUUCAUGAGGCAUCUAGUGAGGGAUCUAAUGAUAUAAUUGUAGAGUUGUUAAAAGCUGGUGCUAAUGUUAAUUGUGAAAAUCUAGAUGGGAUUAAUCCCUUACAUGAUGCUGCUGCCAACGAUCAUUUAAAGGCAGCUGAGAUUCUACUACAACAUGGAGCAAACCCAAAUCAAAAGAAUCAAAAGCAGAAGACUGCUUUGGAUGAAGCAGAUAAUGAAAAAAUGAAAGAGCUGCUGAAAUCUUAUGGUGCAAUUGAGACUGAUAAUAGAGAUGAAAGUAAUGUUAUAACCACUGUCAAAAUUCCUGCUGUCCGACCAAAAAGACUUAAACGGUGUUUUUGUGAUGACUGCAAAACUGUUGAUCCACCUUCUCUUUCACACAGAGAAAAGACAAGAGAAAGCCAUCCUGUGCAUCAGACCAUCAGUGCCAUUUUACAAGAUAUAGAAGAAAAACAAGAAAAUUUACUAGAAUUUGAAAUAAGAACCCCUGAAGAUGCAGAACAAUACAUUGAAAAGAUGUUAGAGAUAAAAGAGAUUAUGGAUAAUGUGCUUGCCAAACAGAAAGCAGAAAGGGAUGAUCUGGCUAAAAAAUACAGGGUGUCCGUAGAAUCAUUUAAGCAAGGAGUCCUGAGAGAACAACUGGCUAACUUGGCCACAAGACAGAAGAACCUUUUAGUUGUGGCAAAAAAACAGAAAAAAAUUAGCCAGAAAAUUCAAAACUAUAAAAACAUUACAUCUUUGUCUGGUCCUAGUUUGAGGAAUCUGCCAUCCAGCUCAGAAAUCACUAGUGAAAAGGACAGCCAAGAGCUUACCAGUCUGGAAAAUUCAUUGCAGCCCCAAUCAGGUUCACUUUCUCCUGUAGGCCAUAUUUGUGGAAGCAUGCAAGAAACACAGUUGUCUCUGGAUAUGUGGAAUGGCAGCCAAAAUACCAACACUUGUGUAAACUCAGAAACAGUGAGAAGAGAAGAAUUUUCUGGAAAUGAACUGAAUUCUAAACAAAAUGUCAAUGACUGUACCUUGGAUGGGUUAUCAAAAUCCAGACAUUCAGAUGGUAGUAAGAAGAUUAAAUUACCAUCCCAACCUGUUGCCUUUAUUACUCAAGAAGAACAUUCGCAAAAAGAAAAUGAUCUUAUAGAAACUCCAGCCAAAGGGCACAAAUCCUAUAGUAGUCCUUCAGCAGUAACUAGUACAUUAAAUAUUUCAGAGACUACAAGCAUACUUGCUGAAAAUGAUGCCCAUCCAUCGACUUUUAUUUGCGAUCAGGCUCCUACCAGUUGUGAUCCAAAAAGAAGGAAGAGGAAAAUAGCUUCCCAGCAACAACCUAGGGGGACAUUAGAAUCCCUGGCACAUCAAGGGACUGAUGCCUUCGGCAGCAGCAGUACUGGGUAUCAGACGAAAUCGUAUCUUAAAAAAUCAGCUUUUGCUGUUCCCCAUGCUAGAGACAGUCAGAACUCCUCUUCCUCUGGGUGUGGCCGUCAACGUACAAUAAGAAAGCCUUUAAACUACAGCACUAGGAAGAAAUGUAUGCAGAUAAAGGAUCUGAUAUUACUCGGAAGAAUUAAUCCAGGAAAUAACAUUCUGGAAUUCAAAACACAGGAGACUACUCACAAAGCCAGUGUUUUACUGAGUGGUAAAAUUAAGGUAGAAAAUGGUCAGAUUUAUCAAAAUCCAGUCACCUGGCUCAAGGAUCUUCUAGGAGGCGACAGUUACGUGACUUGGAAUUACGCUUGGAGUAAGGUGACGUAUCUGGGGAAGGAGCUUUUAAAGUAUGUUUCUGAGGAAGUACCCAUACCCACAGAGCCAUCCGUGGUACCUCAGCAACAUCAACCUUGUCUUCCAGGAACUUCCAGAGAGUCAAUGCAAAGCAUCCCACAUUAUCUACAAAUAAAUGAAGUACUAUUAAUCAGCGAUCAAGAAUUUCUCCCAUGCCAUAUAAUGGAUCAGCAUUGGAAGUUCUAUGUGGAAUGUGAAGAGCUAACAUUCUAAAACCUUAUUUUUGUAAUAAUUUAUUAUACAUGUGUUCAUGUUAUCAACCCACAUUCAUAUCUUAUCUUAUAUGGGCUGGAGGGCCUAUUGUAACACACACUUCAUGAGUUGCUACUUAAAAUGUGUUUAUGGUGUAAGAAAA